UCGUUGUGUAUUCUCCAAUACUCACCAUGACAGUAAGAUCUCAUCCACCCAGGUUUCUAAGUAUCCCUAAGACCAAAAGGCAGCUGUCCAUUCUAUUACCAGGAGAUUCUCGGAUGGAUUCCGCAUAUAUCCGGGGCCAAAUUCCAGAUCAAAGGUUAAAAUGGCGGAUUCGCUCGAUUGCAUUUCAUGAGUUCCUCUCAAGAGAGUUGUUGCAAAGGUUUCUCAUGAUCGAAGCCGUCAAACCUUCUAUGUCAUGCUGCCUGAUUCCUCGUUUGCUGCUGCUGGGAUUUUCCUUGAUGGAUCGCUUCUUGAAUUCCUUCCGUUCGCAUCCCGGAGAUAGGUACUAUUACCGCCAUUCAGAAGUCGAACGGGAAUCAUGCUGUGUCGUGAGACCACUUAGUAGGAAACCUCUGCAAGACAUAGUUGUCCGCUAGAUCAUGAACAUCCAUCCCGGCAAGCAAACAGUAUGGCGGCUGCUCUGUCCCCACAGAUCGCAUCGCAGACAGAAGUACUUUGCCAGCUAGAAGGCUUGGGUACAGAAACUCAGUCCGAACGCGAAAGCUUUUGAGACUGCCGCUGAUAGUACCCAAAUGUGCCGAAAUCUAUCAGAUCCAGACAUUUGAUGGGAGGGAUACGCAUAUGAACAGAGCAGUAUCUCCAAACAACUCGAAAUUUUUCCGGAUCCACAAAUCGUGUCGUAUGUUUUGACAGGUGUGUGUUGCUGGUCGAAUUCGCGACGAGGGUGAUCGACAGUCCCUUUGAAGGGUGUAUGCAGAAAUGUCGCGACCACUGCCGCGUUAGCUCUCAUUGCUUCCAAGACCAGCAUAUUUUGCAGAUCCAAAGCCCGGUGCCUGGAUGUUUUGGACGGCGAUGUCCCAAUGACUACCUCUUGUGGAGUGCGUGCUCGACCCGUUUGCCCAUCACGUCAACAGUAGGCCACGUUUCGGAGUUGGUAUUCGAUGUACUCCUCUCGAUGAUACGCGGCUGUGUUGCGAGGAAAGAUCCUCAAUCACCGCACCGGAGCGUUGAAGGCGUCGGAGGUGUCGAAGGUGUUGCCCGCCUAUCGUUCUCCCUAUU